AUGGAUUUGAGUAGCUUUCAAGUGUUGCAAGCCCCAGCAACCGUUUAUUACAUUCCAAACUUUAUAACACCAGAAGAGGAAGCUCACAUUUUGAAGAACGUGUAUGCGGUUCCUAAACCCAAGUGGACUUGUCUGUCAAAAAGGAGACUCCAGGAUUAUGGGGGCGUCCCGCACGAAAAGGGGAUGAUCCCGGAACCCAUACCCAGUUGGCUGACAAAGUACAUGGAAAAAGUGGCGCAAUUAAACGUGUUUGCAGCGAACAAACCAAACCAAGUAUUAGUCAACGAAUAUCUUCCAGGACAAGGGAUAAUGCCCCACACUGACGGCCCCUUGUUUUACCCUACAAUAGCCACAAUCAGUUGUGGCUCACACACAGUAUUGGAAUUUUUAGAAAAUAACGAAACUAGAACCAAAGUCUGCCAGCUCUUGCUUGAAAAAUGUAGCUUAGUCGUUAUUAAAGAUGACAUGUACUCUAAAUACCUCCAUUCCAUUAAAGAAGUCGAUUUUGACGUUGUUGAUGAAGGCUGUGCUAAUCUGCUUAACUGUGGAAAACAAUAUGUCGUGGGUGAUAAAAUUAAAAGAGACACCAGAGUUUCUCUAACAAUUAGAAAUGUAACAAAGGUGCUUAAAAUAAAACUAUGGAAGUGACUUAAGUAUUU